AACAUGCUCUUACGAAGCUCAGGAAAAUUCAAUGUGGGCACCAAGAAAGAGGAUGGUGAGAGUACAGCCCCCACGCCUCGCCCCAAGGUCCUUCGUUGUAAAUGCCACCACCACUGUCCAGAAGACUCAGUCAACAAUAUCUGCAGCACAGAUGGCUACUGCUUUACAAUGAUAGAGGAAGACGACUCCGGAACGCCUGUGGUCACCUCUGGAUGUCUAGGACUCGAAGGGUCAGAUUUUCAGUGUCGUGACACCCCCAUUCCUCAUCAAAGACGAUCAAUUGAAUGCUGCACGGAGAGGAAUGAAUGUAAUAAAGACCUACACCCUACUCUGCCUCCGCUGAAGAACAGGGAUUUUGUUGAUGGACCGAUACACCACAAGGCCUUACUAAUAUCUGUGACUGUCUGUAGUUUCCUCUUGGUCCUCAUUAUCCUAUUCUGUUACUUCAGGUAUAAAAGACAAGAAGCCAGACCUCGGUACAGCAUUGGGCUAGAGCAAGAUGAGACUUAUAUUCCUCCUGGAGAGUCCCUGAGAGACUUGAUUGAGCAGUCUCAGAGCUCGGGAAGUGGAUCAGGUCUCCCUCUGCUGGUCCAAAGGACAAUAGCUAAGCAAAUUCAGAUGGUGAAGCAAAUUGGAAAAGGUCGCUAUGGGGAAGUGUGGAUGGGAAAGUGGCGUGGAGAAAAGGUAGCAGUGAAAGUGUUCUUCACCACGGAGGAAGCCAGCUGGUUCCGAGAGACAGAGAUUUAUCAGACGGUCCUGAUGAGGCAUGAAAACAUUCUGGGGUUUAUUGCUGCAGAUAUUAAAGGGACUGGGUCCUGGACUCAGUUAUACCUCAUCACAGACUAUCAUGAAAAUGGUUCUCUUUAUGACUAUCUGAAAUCCACCACCCUAGACGCCAAGUCCAUGCUGAGGUUAGCCUACUCUUCCGUCAGUGGCCUGUGCCACUUACACACGGAAAUCUUCAGUACUCAAGGCAAACCAGCAAUCGCCCAUAGAGACCUGAAAAGUAAGAACAUCCUGGUGAAGAAAAAUGGGACCUGCUGCAUCGCAGACCUGGGCUUGGCUGUCAAGUUUAUCAGUGACACGAAUGAGGUUGACAUCCCACCCAACACACGGGUGGGCACCAAGCGCUACAUGCCUCCAGAAGUGCUGGAUGAAAGCUUGAACAGAAAUCAUUUUCAGUCUUACAUCAUGGCCGACAUGUACAGUUUUGGACUCAUCCUCUGGGAGAUUGCGAGGAGAUGUGUUUCUGGAGGUAUAGUAGAAGAAUACCAACUUCCCUACCAUGACUUGGUGCCCAGUGACCCUUCUUAUGAGGACAUGAGAGAAAUUGUGUGCAUUAAGAAGUUACGGCCUUCUUUCCCCAAUCGGUGGAAUAGUGAUGAGUGUCUCAGGCAGAUGGGAAAGCUUAUGACAGAGUGCUGGGCCCACAACCCUGCCUCCAGGCUGACCGCUUUGCGAGUUAAGAAGACACUUGCCAAAAUGUCAGAGUCCCAGGACAUUAAGCUCUGA